AUGACAUCAACACAUGGCGGCACGGCGUCAACAUACGGCGACUGCGUGACGUCGCUGCGCACAUCUCUGUCCUUUCUCGAGUCGUCGGUCGCGACGCUGGGCAACGGGGUGCAGGACUUUCCGCGGCUGAGCGGCGUUCUCAAGACGGUGCGGCACUACGAACUGAUCCCGCAACCGACGCUCGCGGCCGCCGAAGCCUCGCUGCGCGACGAGAUCGGCCCGUUCGUGGCGCUGUUGCUGGACCGCGCCGACAAGCAGCUGGAGCGGCAGGCGCGCCGGAUCGAGACGCUGAAGGCUCGGACCGACCUGAACGCGGGGCGGCUGUCGCACUACCGGCCGGGCGGCGACGGCGUUGGUGACGCCGACGGCUCGCGAGCCCGGCAGACCAACAAAGGCAAAGGCAAGCCUCUCGACGGCGGGGCGGCCCUGCGCGCCAAGGUCGUGCGGCAGCGCCGCGAGGCGCUCAAGUACAGCGUGGAGCGGCUGGAGCUGGAGGUGCUGCAGAAGGAGCGGGAGCUGCGGCAGCAGCUGGAGAAGGCGUGA